AAAAAGGAAGCCUUUUUGAGGACCCAGCCACUCGAACGGUUCUGCUGUUAAGAGGAUUGGAGGAGGUGCGGCAAGACCAGGAGGACGGUCGGCAGCAGCCACCAUGCACCAACAGACUCCCUCUCCUGGAAUCUUUACUGCUGCAGACUUCCUUCGAUGUCAGCACGUGCCUACCAGAGACACCCUUCUAUGAAGCACCCUUCACCGAAAUGGGCUUGGAUCAAGAGAUCGCCUGUUCCUCCUCCAAUGAAGAGCUCCGCCACCCCGCCCUCCUCUCCUCUUCCAGCAAAUCUGCGACCCCAUCUCCUCCCUUAUCCAGGACUCUGCUUUCAGAGAGAAGAAGGAGGGGGAGUAUGAAACAGAGGCUACUUGCCCUGCGUUCUUUGGUGCCCAACAUAACCAAGAUGGACAAGGCUUCUAUAGUUGGAGAUGCGGUGAUUUACGUGAAACAGUUGAAGAAGGAAGCGGUGGAAUUGUCACAGGAAAUAAUUCAUCUAGAAUCUUGCCUACGAGGACGAGAAGCCUGUCGACUAGAUGAGGUUCCCAUUCCAAAGCAGGACGAUGUUGCGGAGAAGGAAUCGAGCAAUAGGAAGAUAGUGCAGAUAACUCUGGUCCGCGUAGAUAACUGCGAGUUCUACCUUAAGAUCAUGUGCAACAGGGCAAAAGGAGUGGUGGUCGGGUUGUUGCAAGUUCUCGAGUCUCUCGAGCAAGUAAUCGUUCAGAGCUCAAACGUAACUGCCGAAGGCGAACAUAUCAAUUUGACUUCUACGAUUCAUGUGGGAGGCAGCGAGGAAAUCAAUGAGGCCGCGUUGAAGUUAUCGUUGUUGUCCGGUUUCGCUAUCCAUGGAUUCGGUACUCCGGGAAUCCUAUAGGCUAGACGGUCAUGUGACAUGAGGGCGGGAGGAGGGAUUAGUUUGUACAUAUCAGUUCUACAGUAAUAGUGUGCAUAGUGCAUACAACGUAGUUGAUAAAUGUGUGUGGGAUAAUAUUUUUAGUACAAUCUAGUUAGCUAAUACGAUAUAUAACAACAAGAGUUGAACAUUUGACGAAUAAAUCAUAGAG